GCCCCCCCCCGCCCCCGCCCCCUCUCCUCCCCACCCACCCGCUCUGUCAGGCGGCCCCGGGCGGUGGCGGCGGCGCCUCCGGGCGGCGGGAGGAGGGGCAGGGAGCGCGGGCGGCGCCGCACAAAGGCGCCGGAGAGCCGGGAGCGGAACCCGGGGCAGGAGAAUUCAGCUUUCCUAAGACAAAAGUUCUGCAAAUAUGACCUCAUCUCAAGUCACUUUUGAAGUAAGAGGACCAUCAGCACCAGGAGAAGUAUUUGCAAUAUGUGGGAGCUGCAGUGCUUUGGGAAACUGGAAUCCACAAGCUGCAGUAGUCCUCCAAACUGAUGAUUGUGAAUUAUGGAAAGCUACUGUAGAGCUUGUUAGAGGUGUUCCUGUUAAAUAUCGGUAUUUUAAAGGGUACUUCUUAGAACCUAAGACUAUCGAUGGUCCCUGCGAAGUCAUAGUUCACACGUGGGAGACUCAUCUACAACCACGAUCAAUUACCCCUUUAGAAAAUGAAAUGACCAUUGACGAUGGAUACUUUGGAAUCCAUAAUGGUAUUGAAACUGUGGAUGCUGGGUGGCUGACCUGUCAAACAGAAAUCAGGUUGCGUCUGCAUUAUUCUGAGAAACCCCCUGUAGUGAUAACAAAGAAGAAAUUUAAAACAUCAAGGUUUAGAGUAAAGUUGACUCUAGAAGGCCUGGAGAAAGAUGAGGAUGAUGACGAGGGCCAAGAAAAAACAUCUCCUACUGUUCCUCAAAAAAUGGCAAACACUGUGGAGUUCUCCUUAAUAACCAACAAUGAAUAUAAAUGCCGACACUCUCAACCAGACUGUGGUUACGCUUUGCAGCCAGAUCGAUGGAUAGAAUAUACUAUACAAACCAUGGAGCCUGAUAACUUGGAAUUAAUCUUUGAUUUUUUCGAGGAAGAUUUAAGUGAGAAAGUACUGCAAGAUGAUGAGCUCCCAGGUCAUGUAGGUUCUGCCUGCCUCCUGUCAUCCACAAUUGCAGAAUUUGGAAAGAGUGCUGGAAUUCUUACACUUGCUAUCAUGGGCAGAAAUCCAAGGAAGACAAUUGGAAAAGUUCGAGUGGACUACAUCAUUAUUAAGCCAAUCCAGGGAUACACUUGUGAUAUGAAGGCCUCAUAUGCAAAAUACUGGAAACCAAGAACAACUCUAGAUGUUGGACACAGGGGAGCAGGAAAUUCUACGACAACAGCUAAACUUGCUAAAGUUCAAGAGAACACGAUUGCUUCUUUGAGGAAUGCUGCAAGUCAUGGAGCAGCAUAUGUGGAGUUCGAUGUACACCUUUCUAAAGAUCAUGUGCCUAUUGUCUACCAUGAUCUCACGUGUUGCAUGGCAAUGAAAAAGAAACUGGAUACAGAGCCUUUGGAGUUGUUUGAGAUUGCAGUCAAAGAGCUCACAUUUGAUCAACUGCAGUUACUGAAGCUGGCUCAUGUGACUGCCCUGAAAGUUAAAGAUCACAAUGCAUCUUUUAAAGAAGAAGAAAACUCUGCUUAUGAGACCCAGCCGUUUCCUUCUCUGCAGAGAGUCCUGGAGUCAGUUUCUGAAGACGUUGGCUUCAACAUAGAAAUAAAAUGGAUCUGCCAACAAAGGGAUGGACAGUGGGAUGGCAACUUGUCAACUUACUUUGAUAUGAACCUCUUUCUAGAUAUUAUUCUAAAAACAAUUCUGAUGAAUGCUGGAAGAAGAAGAAUUGUUUUUUCUUCUUUUAAUGCAGAUAUUUGUACAAUGGUCCGGCACAAGCAAAACAAGUAUCCUGUGUUAUUUCUCACCCAAGGAGAAUCGAAGAUCUAUCCGGAACUUAUGGAUCUCAGAUCUCGUACAACUCCAAUUGCCAUUACUUUUGCACAGUUUGAAAACUUGCUGGGAGUUAAUGUGCAUUCUGAAGACCUGCUGAGGAAUCCAUCGUUCAUUAAAAGAGCCAAAUCUAAAGGCUUAGUUAUUUUCUCGUGGGGAGAUGAUGCAAACGACCCAGAUAACAGGAAGAAGUUGAGAGAAUAUGGUGUUCAUGGGCUAAUAUAUGACAGGAUAUAUGACUCGAAUCCCGAACAACCAAAUAUAUUCCAAGUAGAACAACUGGAGCGUCUAAAGAAGGAAUUACCAGAGUUGAAAAGCUGCGUGUGUCCCACAGUUAGCCACUUCAAAUCCAUAUCUCCAUGUAAAUGUCAUCAUAGUUGCCUGGAAGAGAAAACUGUAGAUAACUUGCAGAGUGUUCAAAUGCAAAAGGACUGAUUCUAGGCAGAAUGCUGUUUUUUAUCUGUUUAACUUCGACCAUUGGAACAGUGCUCUCCAUGCCUUGACUGUUUGUUUCUUUAAGUACCCCAAACAGCAAUAACCGUGUUCCUCCUUCCUGACAAUACUUGCUAAAGUUUCAAUGUUAAAAUAUUCAGCCAGUUAUAGUUGUUGCAGUUUACAUACGCAGUUUUAAGUUUCCCAUAAUCAAGUCUCAAAUUUUGAAGCAGUAAAUUUAGUAUUAACACUAAGUGUGUUUUUUAAAAAUAAGCACUCUAAGGAGUGGAAGCUAAACUAAAUUGUAGAGAAAUUACAAUGACCUGAUGGUGAAAAUGCUUUAAAAAAAAAAAAAGUUUUGAUUUUGAUUUUAUUUCAAUAGUACAGCUCAUCAGCUUGUACGUGACAACAGGAAAUUAAGAGUGAUGGUAAGGUACAUAAAGUUAGAUCUAGCCCAAGUAAAUCGGUACCUCUAUCUAUAUAUGUAUUUGCACUGAUAGAUCCACCUGUAUAAAGCUUUGUGCCAUUUAAAAAAAAAA